UGUUUGGUUCAACGGAGUGACCAUUUUCCACACACUACACCUCUUUCUACUCAUUGUCCAUGGCGGCGUCGCUCUUCGCCACCCGGCGCACGUUAGCCUCCCUCCUAUCCCGCCGGUCUCGUCUCGCUGUUCCCAUGCUAAUUCACAGUCAGAACCAAGGCGGGCAGCAACCUCUUGUGGAUCGGUUCACGGUUCAAACUCGACUGAGGACAUCCGGCCCGGGCUAUUCCCCACUGAACGACCCAUCUCCUAACUGGAGCAACCGACCGCCGAAGGAUACGAUUCUCCUCGAUGGAUGUGAUUACGAGCAUUGGCUCAUUGUGAUGGAAUUCAAUUCUGACCCUAAGCCCACUGAAGAAGAGAUGAUUGCUGCCUAUGUCAAAACCCUAGCUUCGGUUGUUGGAAGUGAAGAGGAAGCAAAGCAAAAGAUAUAUUCUGUUUGUACGACAACAUACACUGGAUUCGGAGCCUUGAUCUCAGAGGAACUAUCAUACAAAGUCAAAGGUCUACCGGGUGUUUUGUGGGUAUUGCCCGAUUCAUAUCUCGAUGUUCCCAAUAAGGACUAUGGAGGCGAUCUCUUUGUUGAUGGGAAAGUCAUUCACAGGCCACAAUAUAGGUUUACUGAGAGACAAAAUACGAGCAGAAGGCCCCGCCCAAGGCACGAUAGACGUCGUGAGACAAUGCCUGCACAGAGAGAGCCAAUACAAAGAGAAAAUUCACACUCUAAUCAGCAAAACAGGGGUCGGAAUGCAAAUUAAGGGAACUUCGAGUGUGUGGGGAGUCAAAUAUUGCAUCUAUCGACUGAAGCUUUGUUUGUUGCAUCUUCCUUGAUGAUCAAUGUUCACUUCACUUGUCUAUUAAUCUGAAUAUUUGCACUUUUUUUGUGUAUGUGGGUUGAUUUGAACUGUUUGUGUCCCUUUCUAUUUCUGCUCAAUCACAGUAUCAUUUUCUUGAUAGUAAACUGCACAAAUGGAGUUGAGUGCGAUUGAGUGCUCUCUGGUUUUAUUUUCUUGGAAAAUUAUGUGCAAGUGCAGUUUGUUUUGUUAAUGGGAUUUUUAAGUUGGGUUUUAGCUCAUCAAAUGAAGAAUACUGCUAAGUUGUG